CCUCAUCUCUCUUCUUUCUCUCUCCUCCUACCCACCUAUAGGAAGCUCUCCCGGUGCUCACCACCUCAGGUGAGGUGAGGUGAUCCCUCCCUCCCCCUCCUUCCCCCACCCUCCCCUCCCCACUCCUCAUCGCCAUGCUCCCGAGAAGGCAGAGCAUCUUCCACCUCGGGGAGGAGGGUGGCGCCGCCGUCCACCACCACCGCGUCGGCGUCGUCGGCGCGGCCAUGGCCGGAGCCAACGGCCGGCGCGCGCGCGAGCGCGAGCGCCUCGUCGUAGGGCUCCAGAUCCUGGUGCAGCAGCACCACCACAGCCAUGGUCGGCACGCGCACGCGGCGGCUAGCAUCGUAUUGAAGCAGAUGGUGAGGCCACGCGCCGCCGCCGCCUCGCGCCACGCCGGCGUGCCGUGCCGCUUCCUCAAGGCCUGCUCCCUCUGCCGGCGGGACCUCAGCCCUAGCAAGGACGUCUACAUGUAUAGGGGAGACCAGGGCUUCUGCAGCGAGGAGUGCCGGUCGGAGCAGAUCCUGGUGGACGAGGCGCGCGAGCGACAGGCGGCGGUGGCGGGGAGCAAGGAGCGUCAGCGGCGAGGCCAGGCUCACCACCACAGCCCCCACCGCACGCCCAACCGGGGCCGGCCGCCGCCGAGGAAGCCACUUGCCGUCGUGGCCUAAAGAGACGACACCAAGGCAACAAAGACGAUAGCGGAAGGCAUCAUGAUGCAGGAUCAGUACUAGUACUAAUUAGUUAAUUACAAUAAUCUCUGCUCUUCUUGUCACCGGUCGGAUCGAGGGGGAUGAGUGCUAGACAAGCUACUACAUAUAAUUAUCAAUCAAGGAGCAUGCGUGUGUGUUCAUGGCGAAGUGGGUUCAACAAAAGGAAGCAAAACUUAAGAGAGAUCGAUUGGGUGUUUAAAAAAAAAACAAAUCUGUUUUUUGCAUGUUGCAACCUUGAAGGGUGUAAUUUGCUCCUGUACUCUACGGCAUCCAAUUGAUUGGAGAGUGUAGCGAAAAUGGCCUCUCAUGCCAUAUUUCAAUAUAUUGUUUUGGCGAUUGAUGACA